UGUUCAUUACAGCGUGCCAAGUCAAUCCUCGUCUUCGGCGGUUAUGACGGGCCAGGCAGGAGAACCUGCGAGGAUGUAAUACAUUUUGGAAUCGGCAACUUGCAGCAAAUAUCUACCAGAUCUAAAACAGUCAAACUAUCGUCAACAGACAUAUUCGAUGAACCUGAUGCAAAUGAAGAAGAGGCCGAAGAGGAGGAGGAACAGUAUGAACCGGUGGUGUGGAGCAGAUCCAAUUUGAGCAAACUGCCAUUUCCGAGCGCUGGAUUAACGAGUGCAAUCACAUCUGACAAGAUAUACGUCAUGGGGGGUUGCAAGACGUCUCGGAUCGUGCGAAUCUACGACAUCGGAUCAGAGCGUUGGAUGAACGGACCAGAGUUGCUGGAUAAUCGCAUCUACAGUGGUUCGUGUUCUGUGGGCGAUAAUGUAUAUGUUUCUGGGGGCAUAGUACGUAAGUGA